GACUCUCUGACAUUGUUUCCGUUUCCGGUAUAUUUGACAGCUCGGUUUGUUUUUAGAAAACAAGAGAAACGUUAAGACUAUUGAAGUUAAACUGAUUAGUAUGACAUCGUUUUCGAUGCUAAUCGUCUAACCUUCAUUUUGUGUGGCAAAUUGUGUGGAGAUACCGAGGGGUCGUGAUAGUGUCGGAGCGGUUGGUUUAUUGGACCUCGAGCGGGCCAUGUCGUCCCGUCGGCCCGACAGCUUCGACGGCCUCGCCGGUUACCGGGGCCGGGACGAGCCGCUCUACGGCGGAAGGUCAUUUGGCGGCAGCAGCUCUUCCGACCUACAGCACUGGGUGACCACGCCACCAGACAUCCCGGGUAGCCGGAACCUGCACACCGGGGAGCGGACACCGACUCACUGCGGGGACGGCGGAGAGGAACCGCAGCCUGCGGGCGGGUCGACCGAUCAGCUGGAUCGCUUCGCUGGUUUCGGUAUCGGCCUUGUCAGUCUGUUCACAGAAAACGUGCUAGCUCAUCCCUGCGUUGUGAUUCGACGACAGUGUCAGAUUAAUUACCAUGCUCGCUGCCAGCACCUGUCUCCAUUCACCGUUGUCACGGUGAUGUACCAUGUGGGCAAGACCCAGGGUCCUAAGGCGCUGUGGAAGGGGAUGGGCAGUACCUUCCUAGUGCAGGGCAUCUCUCUGGGGGCCGAGGGGCUCCUCAGUGAGUGUUGCGGGCUGCCGCGAGAGCUUCCUCAUCGAUGGACCUUCAAGCAAGUCGCUGGACACUUCCUUCUCAAAGGUUUGACAGUCAUGGUCGCGCUGCCGUUCUAUGCAGCCAGCCUUGUGGAAACCGUGCAGAGUGAGGUGGUACGUGAACCACCCGGCCCUCUGGAGUGUCUACGAGAGGGCGUGGCUCGGCUGCUGGGUCCUAGGCUCCUCCCUCAACGCAGGCUCCUCCCCUUCCGCCGCCUGCUAGCGCCUGCGCUGCUCCACUCCCUCCUGCGCUACGCACUGCUUACCACUUUACAGACCGCCAUCACUGCCCUGAUACGCUACUUCCUGUCCCGGACCGCUGCCAGGAAGAAGGCUGCGAUGGAGAACACUGGUCUCCAUGACGAUCAGGGGAGCAUCGUUAGCGCUAGCAGCGCAGAGACAGCGGUGGACGGCCACUUUGCCGAGCUGGCGGCGUCACUGGUGGCGUCGCUGGCGGCGGACGUGGCCCUGUAUCCCCUGGAGACCGCCCUGCACCGCCUCCUGGUACAGGGCACACGCACCAUCGUGGACGACACCGACGGGGGCGUGGCCUCCCUGGCUGGGGGUUUGGCCUAUCUUGCGGCGGGGGGCGGGGUGGUGCUUCCCAUCAACACUCAAUACGACGGCCUGCACGACGCGCUGACCGGCGCUAGCGCUGGCGUGCUAACCGGGGGCCGCGGAGCCCCGGAGCCCGCGGUCACAGCGGUGGGCGGGGCCUGUCUGUACCGGGGGGUGGGUGCGGUCCUUCUGCAGUACGGCCUGCAGGCGGCGGCGCUGUGGGCCGCACGCACCGCCUACAGCGCCGUGGCCGCACGCCGCUAACACUAGCUCCUCUCUUGUUGAAAACACAAUCUAAUUAUGAACACAAUGUACCAAACCAUGUAAGACACAAGACCUUCAUCAUCAAACCCCUUUAACCUCCCGGUCGACCAGGUCUCAUCGCUUCCUGGUCUCAAAAUAGCAUUUGUAACUUAAGAGAAAAUGACUCAAGAUGCACUUAAUAGGGUGGUUUAUUUUAAAGAGACAAUACAAUUGCAUGAAUCGGCAUAUAAAAAAAAAAAUGAUGAAUAGAAAUGUGAUAAGAAUAUAUUAUGUUGAAUGAAAGUAAAUGUUGAUAUCUAUCAACAUUUUUCCUCUGAAUAUUACAAGGUAGCCAUGGUGACAAUUAAAGUAAUAUGAAUAUUU